AUAAACGUGUGGCCUUUUUCAGCAGCUGACAAUGGACGCCUGGCCUCUGGUGACGAUCCUGGUGCUUUAUCUGUUGGGGGUGUCCUCAGGAGGCAUUCAGGCCUCCAGUUUUCACAGGCAAGGAGGACGCCACUCGACUCCUUCCAAGAAUAAAGAUCUUGACAUGGCCAUGGAUUCUUUCGAUGACCAAUACAACAGCUGCGUGACUCAGAUGGAUCAGAAACUGCCAGCGUUACUGAAGUCUGAACUUCGCACGAACCGUAUCUAUCGUGACACCUGGCAAAAAGCCAUCAAGAAGUGGGGAAAGAUCAAGCAGCACAUCAUCCUGCCCAGAGGCCUUCGCCCACUUCAUGCCGUUGCGGUCUUGGCUUAUACAGAAAACUCACCCCUAUUUCGACAUUUCAACCGGGCAGUUCAAGAAGCUGGGAAAAGCAGGAAGUAUUACAAAGACAAAUUCCAUUACAAGUCUUUGCACUAUCUUUUGACCAGGGCUGUCGAAAUCAUUCAAAUGGAUUCCCCACAGAAGCGUAUGACGGUCUAUCGGGGGAUGAAAACCAAAAUUUUGAUAGCUCGAGGCUCCAAGGCUGUUCGCUUUGGACAAUUUGCUUCCUCUUCCCUGGAUAGAAGCAAAGCGGAACAUUUUGGAAUAAAAACCUUUUUUACCAUCGUUACCUCCUAUGGGGCCGUCAUUGAUGGCCUCUCCUCCUAUCCCAACGAAAUGGAGGUCCUGAUUCCACCCUUUGAGUCAUUCCAGGUGACCAGUUUCACUGAGACAGAGACUGGAAACAAUAUCACACUCGCUUCCAGUGAGGUUUUCAGCCAAUACAAUUGUGAAUUUUUGAAGAUGAAACCUCUCUGAUUCGUCUUUUGGGGGGAAAUUGGCAGAGUUUGAAGAUUUCUUCCACCCACCCCUCAUGGCAUAUCUGGAGUCUGAACUUCUCCAUUGCACAAAUACACUUUACACACUGCAGGGUGCGAGGUGUGUCACAACUAUAGAGCAGAGCUGAA